AUGUUGGAGUCCAUCCUCACCCAUGAAGGGAUUGUGUUGGAUGUGGACCUGUUUAUGGGUCUCAGCACUGUUGCAGAGUCAGAUGGCCCAGAUAUUGCCACAAUUGACCAUAUAAGCGAUCAGUUCGCAACGGGGAUAAAUGUUACCUUGAGCUGUGUUGCUGAUUCUAACCCACCAGCACAAUUCACUUGGUUACAGAAUGGAAAAUCUGUCAACAACUCAGCCUCAUUUUCUAUUAUUACAUCCCUGAAUGAUAUCGGAAACUAUACCUGUAUUGCAACUAACUCAUUUACUGGCUUGACGCGCACUGCAAACAAGACUCUUAUGAUCUAUGCGCCACUGUCCAAACCUACCAUUCUCACCUCCAACAAUACUGCAGUGGAGACCAAAGACUUCUCAUUGACCUGCAAUGCUACAGGUCAAAUUCACGCUUACAAGUGGUUCAUAAACGGAGUUGCCCCAGCUGGUCUCAGGAUACAGCUGUCACCAGAUAGGAGGACACUCACUCUCAGCAGGCUCACAAGAAGAGAUAACAAAGGGCCAUAUGAGUGUGAAAUCCGGAAUCCAUUUUAUAGCAAUAGGAGUGAUCCAUUCACACUGGAUGUUGCCUGUGAGUAAAUUUGUUCUUCCUAUAUGGUGCCUGCUUAUAGCUUGGUGGUGUGUUCCUAGAGGCCAGGCUAAUUCCAUCCCUCCUCAGAGAGCUAAAGAGCUAGGCUCUGAGGCUCCCAACCCCUUUCAUCUUUAGGGAGCCCAAAUUGGCCUUGUCAUGUGUUCUGGUGGAGGGUGGCCAUCCAGGGUGCUGAACUGGAGAAAGCCCUAAGAUCUUCCAAGUUCAGAUCCACACUGGAAAAGUAGAAGAUGAGUUGUGAAUUUCCCAGCUCAAAGGAGGAUCAGGGAGACACAGUGGUCCUUGGUGAUGGGUUACAGACUAGGAGAUAUGCCCCCUUAUUUCUGCCAUAAUCUCAAUAUGGAAUCCUUCUCUUUCUUCCAGAUGGCCCAGAUAUCGCCACAAUUGUACAUUCCCCCGAUGAGUACCCUACUGGGGCAAAUAUUACCUUGAGCUGUGUUGCUGAUUCUAACCCUGCAGCACAAUUCACUUGGUUACACAAUGGACAACCAGUCAGCAACUCAGCCACAUUUUCUAUUAUUGCAUCCCUGAGUGAUGCUGGCACUUAUACCUGUACUGCAUCUAACUCAUUCACUGGUUUGACGCGUACUGCAACCAAGAAUAUUAUAAUCUAUGGUGAGUAUCUGGAUUGGG